UUUUAAAUAUUUUUAUUUAUACAAAACUUUUUUUUCUAAUUUUUCAGUUCAAAUCUUUCAACAAAAAAGACACUACAGAUGAUCAUACAAGCAUAACAUUAGCAACUUGUACAAAAAUGCCUCCUUUAAGCGAUGAGGAAAAACGGAAAAUUUUAAGCAGUAGCGAUUUUUCUCGAUUCUUUUCUCAAGCAUCACGAGUCAUUGAAAGAGCGUUGGCUGAAGAAGCCGAUAUUUUUGUUGAUUACAUAAAUGGAACACAUGGAUCUGGAACAGACGAUAAAAUAGAUAAUCGAGAAAUGUUGACUUUUAAUAGAAAAAUUUUUGAUGAAAAAACAACAGCAAAUAGAGCAGUUAGAGCAAUCGAUUUUUCUUCAAUACAUGCAGAAUUAAUGGCUGUUUCCUAUGAUUUAAAUAGAGAAGCGCCUCUGGCACCUGACAGUAUUAUUAAUUUGUGGACUACGAGGUUUAAGACUUCUACUCCAGAAGCCACAUUCACCAGCUCUUCACGCGUGAUGAGUUUGACAUUUGACCCUUUCAAAGACAAUAUAAUUAUUGGUGGCUGCUAUUCUGGACAAAUAUGUAUAUGGGAUGUUCGAGUUAAUAAAAAGAUGCCUGUUUAUAAGACUUCCCUUUCUUCAACCGCUCAUACACAACCGGUGCUUUGUAUGCGUAUGGUAGGCUCAACAAACGCUCAUGAUUUGGUUACUGUUUCAACAGACGGGCGUUUAUGUUCUUGGAAUAUUGAUAAUAUGCAACAACCAAUUGAUUCUCAUAAUUUAAUGUGUCCAAAGACUAAAAAACAGAUGUCAGCUUUGUGUAUGUCAUUUGCUCAUGGCAGUAUUAAAGAUUUAGUGUUAGGGGAUGAAGAUAAUCAGUUAUAUAUUGUUGAUAGACAUAUUAAAGAUACUUGUAAAAGCAUUCCAGCUCAUUCAAUGCCUAUUACCACAGUUGAUAUGCACAGAGCAAAAGGUCCAAUCGACUUUUCUAGUCUCUGCUUAACUGGUUCUUUGGACUUCAGUAUUAAAUUGUGGGAUUUGAAGGAUUUAUCAAAAUCUGAGCCUUUAUUGUGUGUGGAGCGAAAACACAAAUUUUAUAUUACUGAUGUUCAAUGGUCACCAGUUCAUCCAGCAGUGUUUGCCUCUCUUUCAUCCGAUGGAACUCUAAAUUUGUGGAAUUUAAAUAAAAAUACUGAAAAUCCGUUAACUUCAUUGGAUAUUGGUGUGUCUACCUCAAGGUUGCAUUGGUCGCGUAAUGGUAAGAAAAAAAAUAUUUCUUUUAAUUGGUAUAUCCCCCUUGGGAAUAGAAAGAAUCGUACAAGAGGUGUGCCGAAACAAAUUUUAAAAGAUGAAAGGGGUGAAACAUCAAAAAAGCCAAAGAUUCAGCGACAGAAAAAAAUGCCAAAAACACUCCCUUGAAUCGUGCCCUUAAUAGGUGGUGCGCUUAGCAGCUCCAAGACCACAGUUGUUUCCUUAGAUUUUCGAUUUUUAAUGGUUUUCAUUUGGUUUCGUCUUGUUGGUGAUUUUUCUCGAUUUCUGAUUUUCGAAAAAAUUUUUCAAACAAAAAACGUCCUAAGUCGAGCAUCCAAUUUUGGAGAUUAUUUAAAAAUUGACUUUCACAUA